AUGGAUAGAGAUACUCUUCUCAAGUCCCUUGCGGGCACCUUGGAUGCAAACCCUCAGACCAGAAAGGAGUCUGAACAACAAUUGCACCAGUUUGAAAAGCAACCUGGAUUCACAGCAUACUUACUCGAUCUCAUCUUGGAGCCAAACGUCCAAUUGGGGAUCCAGAUAUCGGCAGCCAUCUUCUUCAAGAACAGAAUAUCAAACCACUGGUUAAAGCCUGAAGAUAAGGUCAAUGUUGCGUUUAUCCAAGACUUUGAAAAACCUGCCAUCAAGGAAAAACUUGUCCAAACCUUAAUGCAAACUUAUAGAUUACCCCAAUUAAGAUUACAGUUGACCACUUCCAUUCAAAAGGUGUUAAAUGCUGAAAAAUGGGAAGAAUUGUUAAGUGUGAUCAAGAGCUUGAUUUCCGAUCAAUCGAACAUCGAUCACUUGUACACUGGGUUGUUGUGUCUCUAUGAAUAUUCCAAGAAUUACCGUUGGAUGUCUUUGGAAACUGGGACUGGUACUAACCCUGUGUUCGAGGAUAUAACCACUGAACUCUUCCCGAUCUUGGAACCAUUGGUAAGUAAACUAAUUGACGAAACCGAUGACGCUGCAGUGGCAGUUGGCGAUGAAUUACUUUAUUUGAUUGUCAAAAUCUUCAAAUUCAUAACCUUUUCAACUUUACCAAGCUAUUUUACACAAGACGAAUCCAAAUUGGGCAAUUGGUGCCAUUAUCACAUUUUGAUAAUAAAUAAGCCAUUACCCAAGUCAGUAAUGCAAGAGGAAUCUAUUGAACUUAGAUCCGCCAACCCUCGUAUCAAAACAGUUAAGUGGUGUUUUGGAAAUUUACAUAGACUUUUGGCCCGUCAUGGUGGUGGAUAUUCCACUAUGGACAAGAAUAGUGAAUUUGCUUCUAAGUUUGUUACUCAAUUUGUCCCUCAAAUUUUAAAUGUUUAUUGGUCCAUUAUUGAAAAUUGGUCUCAAAAGAAGAUCUGGUUAAGUGAGGCUUCCUUGUAUCGUAUGAUUUUGUUUUUGGAACAAUUGAUAGAGACUCCAGCAUGGCCAUUGAUUGAAGAAAAGCUUGAAGCAAUCGUCCAGCACGUAUUGUUACCAACAUUAUCGGCUACUAAGGAAACUGUGGAGAUGUAUGAAGAUGAGCCAGAAGAAUACAUCAGAAGAUACUUUGACGUCAAUAGAGAAAGUAAUACAUCUGACGUAGCAUCCAUCAACUUCCUUUACAGAUUAUCAUCUAAGAAGUUCAAGUCAACCAUUAACAUUUUAUUGACCAUAAUCAACGAUAUCAUGAGCAGGAGAGCACAAGCAGGCAAAGAUGAUCUUCAGACUGCUAUGGAAGUGGAAGGUGCACUUAGAGUCUUAUCUACUUUGGGCUACAAGUUGGAUAAAAAGUUUUCUCCAGUAUACGGUAAGGUUGACCAAAUUUUGCAAACUUUUGUCUUUCCUGAAUUACUGCCAGAGACUAUAUCAUCAACUCCAUUUUUAACUGCAAGAGCCUGUGGCACCAUUGCAUUAUUUACCCAUAAAUACACUGAUCAACAAAUUCUUCAAGAUAUUUUUCAAGGAAUUGUUAGAUGCUUUCAAACUCAGGAUCAAUUACCAAUCCAACUUACCGCAGUGGAUGCAUUAAGAACGUUGGUUGAAGAAGAUUUAGUUGCUGAGCACAUUGCUGACCAGGCUCCUCAAUUAAUGGGAACAUUAUUGGAUAUGUCGAAGAAGUUUGAAAGUGAUAUUUUGACCUCUGUUAUGGAGGCAUUUGUUGAAAAAUUCGCAAAGAACUUAGAACCAUACGCAUAUGAAUUGGCUCUGAGAUUAAGUGAACAAUUUAUUCAGAUUGCAAGUCAACUUUUGGACUUGCAAGCAACAAACAAUACUGAUAUUGAAAAGGAAUACCAAGCAGAAGGGUUAUUAAACACUUUAACCACUUUGGUUAUUGCUAUGAAUACAUCCACACAGGUAGCAUCUUCAUUAGAGCCAGUUUUAAAAGAAAUGAUCAAAUUUGUAUUGGAAAAUGCCAUGGUAACAUUUUUACCUGAGACCGUUGAGAUUUUAGAAUCGAUUGUGUACUCAACAGAGCAGUUAUCUCCAAUCAUGUGGGAAUUAUACCAAUCAUGCAUUGAUUCGUUUGAGACAUACGCAUUGGAAUACUUUGAUACUUUCCAACCAUUCUUUGAAACAGUAAUUAAUCACGGGUUUAGUAAGAAUGAGGAAACCAUUGAGUCUCCUCACGUUCAAUCAUUGAUUGGUGUCUGUUUCAAUAUUUUGAAAUCAGAGGAAGUCGACCCUAAUUUCGCCGAUUGCGCCUUUGAAUUGAUCGAAAUGACAGUAUUGAGUAUGAAUACAAGGUUUGUUCCAUUUUUGACAAGAUUUUUACCUGAAAUUUUUGAUGUCUUUCAAUUCUUGGAAAAUCAAGAUGCCUUUGAUGGUCACAUGUUGCACCAUUUAUCAGUUUUGAAGAUCUUUUUCAGUACCUUGUACAUUGAACCAACUUUAACCUUAAACUUUUUACAAGAGAAAAAUUUUAUUGCUCCAUUCUUCCAAUUGUGGUUUAAGCAUUCAGAUUCAUUCCAGAGUGUCUAUGGUUGUAAAUUACAGAUUUUAGCAGGUUUAGCCAUCUUGUGUGACGCUACAAACUUAAAUAUCUUUGAACAGCUGCAGGAUAUUUUACCUGAAUCUGCUGAAUUGUUGAUUUCCAACUUGGAAGUUUUACCACAUGCCAUCAGAGCCAGGCAAGAAAUUUUAGCAAAGGAAAAUAGUGUUAGACAAUUUAACAAUGAUGGGGAUGAGGAAGGCGAAGAAGAAGAAGUAUAUGAAGAUUUUGAAGUCGAUGAGGCCGAAUUGGAAGCCUUGAAGCAAACUCCUAUUGAUGGAGUACAUGUCUUCGAAGUAUUCUCUCAAAAGAUCUUGUCGUUGCAACAAGAUGCUAAUAAAUAUCAAGCUAUCUUUGGAGGCUUGGAUGCAAAUCAAGUUGAUAUUAUUGGCAAAAUCAUCCAAAUUAGUCAACAACAAAGACAACAACAACAACAGUAG